UGUUGCUCCACCUCACGCGGGCUGGCGUAGCAGAAAAACACAGUAAACCAGUGAAGAUCGUCACCAUGGCGACAGCGAUAUAUCUCGAACAUUAUCUUGAUAGCAUUGAAAACCUGCCCUGCGAACUCCAGAGAAACUUCACACUAAUGCGAGAGCUUGACAACAGAGCGGAGGAAAAGAAGGGUGAAAUUGAUAAGCUUGCUGAAGAGUACAUCACCAAUGUCCGAAACCUGGCCCCGGAUCAGAGAGUGGAGCACCUGCAGAAGAUUCAGAGCGGCUUCAGCAAAUGCAAAGAAUACAGUGACGACAAAGUGCAACUUGCCAUGCAGACGUACGAAAUGGUGGACAAACACAUCCGCAGACUCGACGCUGAUCUCGCACGAUUUGAGAAUGAGUUGAAAGAAAAAUUAGAUGUCAGCGGCUAUGAAAGCCCAGACAACAGAAACCCCAAGAAGGGAGGUGGUAGAGGAGGCCCGAAGGAAAAACGAGGCCCUAAAGGAAGAGGAAGAAAAUGUUCGGAUGACGACUCACCGCGGAAAAAGAAAAUGAAAAACAGCCCUGAAUUCUCUGAAUCCAUCCUUCCGGUUCACCCGUCUGACGUCUUAGACAUGCCAGUGGACCCCAAUGAGCCCACAUACUGCCUCUGUCACCAAGUGUCAUAUGGAGAAAUGAUCGGAUGUGACAACCCUGAUUGUCCUAUCGAGUGGUUUCACUUCGCCUGUGUUGAUCUAACAACAAAACCCAAAGGGAAAUGGUUCUGUCCACGAUGCACCCAGGAUCGAAAGAAAAAAUGAGCAUUUGUAACGUUGAGAAGAUGACAUUUAUAUAUGAAUAUAUGUAUAAAUAUAUAUGUAUUUUGUCUAAGUGGUAAAAUAGGAUAAUAUAUAUAUACUCCUUUCUAUAUGGCCAGGACAAAAUAUAUGAGGGUCACUAGAAAACAAAGCUUUUAUUUUUCAAAGUACUUGAAAUGUUUAACAUUUUGUCCGUUUAAGCGUCAUUCUGUGUUGUCAAAUUGUCUAUUUCAGACAAUCUAGGAUAGGAUAUAUACGAUAUAUAUUUUCCUCUUACUGAUUAGUACGUCGUUUUCUUGUCACACUUUCAUUUACGAAGCUUCGAGCAUCCAAGCUUUCGCUGAAUUCGCUCAUAAAAUGCUUUUAGCAUGGCACGCCGUUUAGAGCAUAUUCCAGAGGAUUUACUUUGAACAAAAAACUUUUAGGAUGUUGAAUACAGGCAAUGUACGGUGUGUAUUCAGCAGUUAAGUUUAUUUUCUUGCACUCUUAAAUACAAUGCGACUACUUUUCCAGCGACUUCCAUUUUUCCUGUACUUGCAGAGUUAGAGCAAAGAGACACUUUGAAAUGCAAAUGAGAUAUUUCAUUGUUCAGAAUAGCAUAAUUGCACAGGCAAACCCCCAAAAUCAUGAAACAGAUCUCGUGUCCCAUAAGUGCUGUCAUUUGAAUGCUUUUCCACUUGAGUUGGACAAUCGAAUUGCACUCCAUUCCAGUUUGAGAUUGCUUUGUUCCCAAGAUCUUCUAUAGGACUCAAAGCAACCGUAAUUGAGACUACCGCUUUUUCAGACUCCAGCAACACGAAAACGACAGUAUACAGGCAACGUCUGGUUGUGUUUGUUCCACUUCUAAAUGUUUUAAAUGACUGAUUUUGGCAGUAUCUGCCGUCUCUAUUCUCCAGCAGCUUUGAUGCACUUUUUUUUAUUUGACCAGACUCGGCACUUAUGGCUUUUUGAAUUUGCUGAGGUCCUACUGUGUAGUCCUGCACUUGUGAUACGACUUACAGAGAACGGGGACGCAUUUGCCUUUUUUUUUUUUUUACUGCUAGUUGCGUUAAAGGUUGGAAAGAUACGCAAACAAUUUCGACGGCACAAAAAUGUCAGAGGAUCUACCAAAGUGAGAUUAAGUAGUGUUAGCACUGAUGUAAGCUACACUGCUGUUGUGUUAUUGUAAUUUGUACGAUUCUUUUUGUGACCCAAAUAUAAAACGUGGAAUAUCGUGUUUAUAUUAUAUUAAAGUGAGACUACCUUAUCAUACAUGUGUAACUGUGUGAAUGGACAGUACAAUUGAAAAUCUUGUCAUUAGUGGGUAGAAUCCAUUAGGUUGAAAUUGGGACAAUCAAGUACCGUUUUGUUUUAUGGUGUAUUUUUUUCCAUGUUUAACUAUGAAUACAUGGACUAGAUGUUCCGUACAGCUUUUCGUAAAAACAAAUAAAUAUUUACCAUUAAAACUCUUUUGUGAUUUGAAGUAAAUGUCAAGUGUAAAUUGUGCAUUAAGCUUCUAUGGUACGCAGGUCAGGAUCAUGGAUCCGCGAGGCCUCCCUUCUGCCCCUAGUGGCAGACACGUUAUCCUACGUUAAGCGACAAG